ACAAAAGACCAGACCUCCCACCUCCUCCUAAACUUUAAAGCCACACAAGAGAGAAAAAAAACAGGUUCCAUUCACUGGGCUUGCAUUAGUCUCACGUUUUCCCUUGUGUGUUUUUGAUACGGUACUUAAGUGCCUGGUUUUCCUUUUUUCUUGCGCCCCGAUUGCGUGUACUCUUCAUUUCAGAUCGGAAUGCAAAGAUCUCAUCUUUAAAAGCCCUGAGGUGUCCCUUUUGAAAGUGAACUCGAUCAACAUAUCGCGAAUCUUUCUUUUGAUGCCGACCUGCCGCAUGGCAGGGCAAGGCGAUCAUCAUGGGCUUCUUUAGCACUCUUUUUGCGCGAAAGAAUGGGAACAGGGCUUCGCUCAAGGGUCAAGCGUACAAUUCGACUGUAGCUUCGAUUCCCCCAAUUCAAGGAACUUACCCAGUCGCUGGAAAUGGACCAAACGUGUUGGAUCAACUGCAAAGAGCAGCCAGAAAACGCAGCCAAGCCCAAUUAUCAAUGGUAUCACAAGACAUCAACGCCGAUCCAGCCGCGCCACCUCCCAUGGUCCCCCGAUUCAGAGGCCCAUCACCAUCCCGCCCAACAACAGCACCAAACCAAGCCAACAGUCUCUCCUCGCGCCCACUCUCCCUCUCACGCAGUAUCCGAAGCUCCAAUUCAGCCUGGAGUGUUCCAGAACGACCAACACGAGGUCGCGAACGACCACCGCCUGUACCGUCAAUUCCCACACACCAUCGUCGCGAAAGCUCAACAGAUUCAGCGCAUGAUAAGCGUAAUUCAUUUAUAGACAUUCUUGAUGCACAGGGAGAAUUUAGGCCUUCGAAUUUUCGAUCGCGUGUGGCUGCUUCGGGGGCGAGGGAGUAUGGGGAGGAUGUUGCGGAGAGGAAUAUUGGUGAGAACGGCGUGAACCUUGACAGCGCUGCUGCGAAGGCUUUUUAUCGAUUUUCUGGUGGACGGGAGCUGCAAUCUUUUGAGUAUGAAGAAGAUGAGGAUGAUUCUGCCCCGGCGCCAGGUGUUCCACAUGGUGAUUUGGGGACAAUACGGGAAGCUUGGUCAAGACCAUCCAGUUCAUCGGCAUGGAGGUCAUUUUCGGGAUCAAUUGGUAAUGAUCUGCUAAGAUCGGGGAAGUUAAGUCGACGAGAGUCGCAAUCGAAUCUUAACCCAGGGACAUUAUCGAUGCGGGAUCGGAGAAAGUCGUUCAAUGCAUUCGCUUCCCCAGCAGAACCCGAACCUCAACCUCGCAAGCCUAGGCCCAUGAGUCUACAUCCUUCACUAUCCAGUGGUUUGACAUACGAGACUUCAUCUUCACCACCGCCAGUUCAAAGAUCUCGACCAAAAACAAGUGAAGGUCGAAGUCGAGGAAGGAGUUUUGGUCGUGUUGAGAUUGAUACAGUUGACGAAGCGUUUGAUGAAUCUGCGCCGUGUCCAAUUAUCCCCGCGCAAUUCAGACCUGACAAGCGAUCAAGUGUAUAUCUUGAACCAAAUUACCGAUAUGAUCGAAACGACGUCCAUUAUCCGCGUCCGGAGUCGUAUCAUGGAGGUUCGACUCUGUCAUCGUAUCCCCGAGACGAAAUGUCACAACCUUCACGUCCCUCGAGUUCUUCGUCAAUCGACAAACCAUUUCCCCGAUCUCGCACAAUGGCUAGCGUUGCUCUUCGCAAUCAGCGUCUGGACGAUAUAAACGAACACAUUCCUGUGAGGACAUCUUCUCUAAACAUCGCAUCACAAGCAAGCGUUACACCGACAACACCGUCAUCUGGUUUCUCGAGCAACCAAUACCCCAUUGGCCAUCAUACGCCAAGCACAUCGAUCGAUGCUUCUCUUCCGCCAUCGAUCAAGAUGCGACCUGAGCAUGAGCAGAGUGCUGCAGUUAACCAGAACACUCAGCAAUACUCACCUGGGGAUGACUAUUCCGCCGAGACACUUGUUCCAUCACGAAUGGAUAUCGAGCAACAUCUCGGUCAUCUCAUGACAGCCAGCCACGACAUGGACCUUUAUAUCUCGGAUGCAAGCGAAGACUCUGUAGACUCCUUUGUCGCAUGGAAAGAGAAGCGUCGUGAUGGCGAAGGUCUUCUAAUGAAGGACAACUACGGCAUGUCUGGCGACGGUCUCCCAGGGAUAUACGAACCCCUACCCAUCCUCAAAGCUCCCGCCUCGCCUCCCCCAAUCCCCAAAAUCCCCUCUGAGCCAGUCUCCAAACGUCCCAAAACACCAAAAAGCCCCAAGAGUCCUCAACGACCUCGCACACGAAGUAACAAAUCCACUCCCCGCCGCACCCGUCAAUCCGGCAGCCGCACAACAACACCCCGCCAAUCCCGCCAAGUGCCUACCUCUGAAGACCCAGAUUCCGAUUCAUUCUGGGAGAGUGACACCCCCGUCGCACCAGGUUUCGUCUCCCUCGCGGACUUGGGCAUUGAUCUUCGUGAAAUAGGGUGGGAUCAGUAUGGUCUUACGGAAGCGGAUGACGCAAAGGUUGAUAUACAAACUGCUAUUAAGCUUCGGAAGGCGAUGGAGAAGAGGAAGAAGCAACAGCGCGUUGAUGAUGAGGGAUGUGCGGCGGAUGUAGAGGACUAAUGAAGAUAUGAAACAUGGAGUUUGGAAUAAAGAUACAACGAUACGAUGGAUUUCUUUUGUAUGAUGAUUUGGGCGUUGAUAUAUGGAGGUGUCGUUUGUAUGCAUUAUUGGGUCAUGGAUGGAUGAUGGAUUAUAGCAUAACGAUGGAUACCAAUGCGCAUUUGUUUCUUUGUUCAAUCGCAAGUUUGCGGCUGCUUUGAUGUG